CAGAAACAAGAUGAAUUACGUCAGAAAGAAUUUACACAUAUUAGCCCGCGCACUCUCCUCGCCGUUCUCCGUCUAUCGCAAGCUCUUGCUCGCUUAAGGCUAAGAGACUUUGUAGAUCAGGCUGAUGUAGAUGAAGCAUUACGCCUGAUCGAUGUCUCAAAAUCAUCGUUGUAUGAAAAACGCGAUGAUGAAGCGCAUAACGUCGACAGGACACCGACUACGGCACUUUAUAAUCUUAUUCGAUCAAUGGCAAGACAGGGUAAGAAGAAAGGUCCAUUGAGGAAUUUGAAAUACGUAGAUAUUAAAGAGCGUGCAAUCGCCAAGGGAUAUACAGAACAACAGUUGUUGCAAUGUAUUGCAGAGUACGAGGAGACGGAUGUGUGGACGCUGAGUAAUCAGAGGACAAAGUUAACUUGGAUUAAUGGUGGAGGCGAUGACGAUAGUUAA